GAGUACACCUUUGUAAAACUGCUUAGAGUGUGGCCGGCAAGAGGACGGAUCGACUGGCAUUAUGAAGCUCGCUUUAUUUUAUUUGUUAUCUGUGGUCGCCGUUACAAUAGCCGUAAUUGUACCGAGACAGUUCAAAGACGGAAAUGAUGCGUUUACAUCGAGAAUGUUUUAUGAAAUAGUGAAGGAGAAACCACAAGAGAGUGUUGUGCUGUCAGCAUACUCUGUUCUGACCCCAUUGGCCCAACUCGCUUUGGCCUCUGAGGGUGAAUCGCACGACGAACUUUUGAAGGCAAUUGGCAUGCCCAACGAUGUCGUGACUAAGGAAAUGUUUUCACUGGCCGCAAGUUAUUUCAAAACCGUGAAAGGGGUUGAACUUAAAACAGCAAGUAAAAUAUACAUCGCGUCCAAAUAUAAACUAUAUCAAGGCUUUGUAAAUGACACCCGUGCCUUGUUUGAUUCCGAAAUCCAAACGAUAAACUUCACUCGAAGACAGAGGACCGCUAGCGAAAUUAACGCUUGGGUUGAAGACCAAACGAAUGAAAAAAUUAAAGAUCUUGUCAGCCCGUACUCCUUGGAUGCCAAUACUCGUGCUAUUCUUGUCAACGCUAUCUACUUUAAGGGUCUAUGGAAAAGCCCGUUCAACUAUUACUCGACAAAGAACCACGAUUUCUAUAUUACAAAAGAGAAAUCAGUAAAAAUUCCGAUGAUGUACCAAAAAUCUUAUUUCAAGUACGCCGACGUUCCAGAAUUAGACGCUAAGAUCCUCCAAAUGUUCUAUGAAGGUAAUCAAGCGAGCAUGGUACUGGUGCUACCCAAUGAAAUCGAUGGACUACCCCAGUUGGAGGAGAAAUUACGAGACCGAUCAGUACUCAAAAAAGCCACUAUGUACAUGACCGAAUCUGAAGUGCAUGUCACAAUUCCUAAGUUCAAAAUUGAAACCACUACAAAUCUGAAACAUGUUUUAUCAAAGAUGAACGUUACGAAACUAUUUCAACCCGGAGAAGCCCAUUUAUGUAAAAUGAUAAGGACUUGGGAUGACUUAUUUAUAAGCGAAGCCACACAGAAGGCUUUCAUUGAAAUCGAUGAGGAUGGCGCAGAAGCUGCAGCAGCCAACGUUCUCAUAGGUUACUCAUCCAGUCUUCACUCGCCACCGGUUAAUAUAUUCUAUGCUAACAGACCAUUUUAUUUCGAAAUACGGGUGAGCGAUAUACCCAUUUUUAACGGCGUUAAAGCUAAAUAAUAUUGUACUUGACCUGUAUUGAAUCAUUUUUAACGGCGUUAAAGCUAAAACGGAAGAUGACAUGUAUUUAAUAAAGUGUUAUAUGAA